AUGAUGCUUUUGUGGGUGCCACUCAUUUUAUCAUUUCCCUUGUUAUGGAUUAUCCUCUACCCCUUAUGUAUCUGCUAUUUCUACAAAUUCAAGUAUGGAAAUAAAGUCUAUGUUCUUUACUUCCCCUUUCUGGGCCAAUUCAAAUAUCGAAUGGAUGGAUUAAAAUUUUAGAAAGAUGUUAUUUAUUUCAAAAGAAAUAUUGCUUAUAACCACCCAGAAGUAGAAUUGAUUAUCACUCACAUUUUCAGUAGACCAUACUUCAUUUUCAUCAAACCAGAAAAUGUGAAAUAAAUGCUCUAUAAUUAUGCAAAUUAUAAAAAGAGAACUGAUGAGAUAUUUAGAGACAUUAUAGCAUGUAAAGGCCUAGUAUAUGCAGAGGGCUAAGAAUGGAAAGAUUAGAAGCGGGAAAUAUCCAACUUCUUUACUUUUGAGUAGUUGUCUUCUAAGAUACCAGUCAUCAAAACUUUAAUUUAAGAUACAUUAUAAUACAAGGAGAAUUAGAGAGUGAACAUAAUAAAACAAUGUGCAAGAAUAUCUUUGAGAGCAAUGUAGAUCUGUUUUUUUAAUCAAAUGAAAGAUGAGUAGAUAAACGGCUAACAUUUAAGUGAAGAAUUUCAAGAUCUCUCUAGAUAUUUUCUUUAUGUUACAUAUGGUAGUCUAAUACAUUAGUUGAGAAGUUUCUUUGGAAUCAAGUCUCUAUCAACGAUGAAGUCCUACUUUAUGACGGCCAAUGAGAAGAAAUUCCUUUAAAGAGUGUAUGUAGUAAGAAAUUAUAUUAAUAAUCUCAUCAAUAACCACUAGAAAGGAUCAGAAAAGGAUGUGUUUUCAAUAUUAUUGAGAGAACCUUUGACUGAAGAGGUUAGGGAAUAGAUCAUUCAUCAAUAUGUUACAUUCGUUUUUGCAGGAAUGGAUACAACAUCUCAUUCGGCAGGCCUGUCUAUUUAUAUGUUAGGUAAGCACCCUUAGAUUUAAUAGAGACUCAGAGAAGAAUUAACUAAAAUUAAUUUUGAUGAGAUAGAUUAAAAAUUAAUAAAUUCUUUACCAUUAUUGAAUGCAUUCUUAAAUGAAUGUCUAAGAACUUAAACCCCAAGCGAUGGAAUUAUUCCAAGAUUGGCUGUAAAAGAUCAUUACGUAGGAUAAUACUUAAUUAAAAAAGAUUGGUAUGUAGAUGUAGGAUUAUAGCCUAUGAUGACUCAUCCUUAAUAUUUUGAUAAUCAUUUAGAAUUCAACAUAGAAAGAUGGUUAAAUUAAUCAGAGCCCGAAGCAUUCCUCCCUUUCUCAUAUGGUCCAAGGAAUUGUUUAGGAUAACAUCUAGCUAGAAUAGAAAUUAAACUGAUCCUUAUUUACAUUAUCAAAACCUACAAAGUAAUAUUAGAUGAUUAGACUGAUUUAGUUAUGGAUUACACUUUCCUUUAUGCUCCAUCAGAUGAUAGAUUAGUAAAGUUCAUAAGAAUAUGA